AUGGCAGGCUUUAGCAGAGGUAAUGAAACGCCUAUGGACUUUGAAUAUGACCAGACCCCUGAUAUCAGUCCGGCGUCACCCUUCUAUGACGCAAAGAAAACAACAAGCCGUUCAAUCUUCGCAUACUCCCCUAUAAACCCCCCCCAUACCCCCCCAGCUACUGCGACCUUCCGUUUCACUGCAGGAAAUCCGACGACUCCACACUCAACACGACCUACGCAGUCGGCUUUCCAAACACCAAGCUUUCAGCUAUUGCAGAAUAAGUGGAACACACCAUCAAAGGACUCUGAUAUAUUCUCAGAAGCUACCCCCCGGUCCCCGGAUUUAGACAGUGAGGCGCCAACUCCUGAACCAAAAACCGCUCGGUCGGAGCUUAAAAGUAUAACUAGCAAGCCUGUUCUACCAUCAACUACACCCUCACAAAGCACUGGUCGCGGAGAGCUCAAGAGGGGCGAGCCGCGAAGACAGCUAUUUGCCGCUGUAACCAAAGCACGUAGACGGAGACCGCAGACGCAGGUUUCAACACAAAAUUUUACGCCCCUCUCUGGAUAUGAUGAUACGGAGGUUGAAAACUCAGAGGAAUCGGAUGAGGACGACGAGGAAGAAGAUGAAGAUGACGGCUCACCUUGCCGGCGGCCCCCACCUCGCAUUUCAUGGCGCCGCACAGCAGAAUCUGCUGCGGCCUCUUUUGUGUCAACCCAUCGUGACCUGCCGCUAAUUGUGUCACAUUACCUUCAGCUAUUCUUCAAUCUCUCAUUACUACUACUGGUCCUUUACGCCGUGUUUUGUUUCUAUCUUACUAUCCGGGCAGACGUCGAUGUAAAGGUGGAGGAGUACUCCUCUGAAAUCUUAAUGGAGAUCAGUCAAUGCAGCAGAGACUACAUUGAGAAUCGCUGCGCGCCAGGAAUGAGAGUACCAGCUAUGGAGAAAGUAUGUAGUGCAUGGGAAAGAUGCAUGAACAGGGAUCCGACAAUGGUCGGGAGAGCACGAGUAAGCGCAGAGACAUUUGCCGGGAUCGUGGAUGGAUUUGUUGAAGGAAUCAGUUACAAAACUAUGGUGAAUCAUGUUUCCCCGUGGAUAUUAUGA